CAGCGGAAGAUGCCAUUUUGUCAAUCGAAUAAGAUCUGGAAAGAACACCAUUGCGAUACAGCAGAAAAGAAUUGGGAGUGAUUUUUUACCAUCCAUCACUCAAAAUUAACAACAGAGUAGUUGAAAGAGUCCCUAACGUCAACAAAACACCAACAUACAUUAAAAAGCAAACAGAAAUUCGUCGAAUCUGUAUUCGGAAUUUAAAAGAACAGAAAAUAAAUACAUACGAAAUUUUUGUGAGCUAGAAAAUGGCAGACUCAGACAAACAGCUACCGAUUGAGCAGCAGCAGCAACAGCAACAACAUCAGCAGGAUGUCCAACAAGGUGAUGCUGCUCAGGCCCAAUUGAAGUCGCUGCCACCGAAAGAAGUCAUUGCAACUAAAGUAACUGGCACCGUGAAAUGGUUCAAUGUAAAGAGCGGUUAUGGUUUCAUUAAUCGCAACGACACCAAGGAAGAUGUUUUCGUACAUCAAAGUGCGAUUGCGAGAAAUAAUCCUAAAAAAGCAGUGCGUUCCGUUGGUGACGGCGAAGUUGUGGAAUUUGAUGUGGUUAUCGGGGAGAAGGGCAAUGAAGCCGCCAACGUCACUGGACCAUCUGGUGAACCAGUACGUGGUAGUCAAUUUGCGGCCGAUAAACGCCGUAAUUAUCGUCCAUGGAAUAACCGCAAUCGCCGCAAGCCACAAGACCAAGGACCCGACGGCAAUAUACAGCAAGGAGUCGAAGGUGAGAUUAGAGCGGAUGGUCAGCAGCAACAGCAACAACAGCAACGUCCGCGUCGAAAUUACCGCCGCGGUGGAGGUCCACCUGCAGGCCCUGGUGGCCGUGGCGGUCGAGGACGUCGUUUUAAUAACUAUUAUCCACGAAACCAAGGUAGACGCUCAGGUGGUAGUGAAAGCGGAAUGAAUGAGGGCGGAAAUGACCAGAACGCUGACUCCACACAAAGGGGCGGUGAUGGUCAAGGUAUGCCCGGGCGACGUGGUGGAACAAGACGUUUCGUCCGUCGUAAUUUCAAUAAUGGUGGUGGACGUCGUGGUCCACGCGAGGAUGGCAAUGGUGGACAAGGACCUCCGCGCAACAAUCGUCCAAGACGAAACAGGAAAUCCAGUGGCGCUGGAGGUGCCCCUGGUGGCGAAGGUCAACACCAACAGCCACAGCAGGAUGUUGGUCAUGAAGUGCAGAAUACCACAACAGAAAGUACAGCAUAAAGAAUCAAAUUAAUGGGUGCCACUUAUGAGAUUCCACACUGAAAACCAACAAAAUCAAUCAAUCAAGCAACAACAGGAAAGAAUGAGCAUUUGAGCAAGGAAAAUCGCGUUUAAUACAAAUAAACAACCAAAUAUAUUAUGUAUUUUAGUAAAGAAUCCAUAAGAACUACAUGCACAUUACUAAAAAAAAAAAAAAAAUAACAUCUAUUAAACAGAGUGUAAGCUUUGUAAAAAAAAAAAAAUUAAAACAAAAACAGAAAAAAACAUCAACGGCAUAAUAAUAUGUAUGCACCGGAAAAUUAAAAGUUAAAACUCAGUAUAUCAGAUGUUUUCGCUAUGAAGGUCACAUUUACAUCUUUCUGCGCGAACUAAUUAGGCUGAUGAUAAAACAAAAGGAACUGUCAAAAGAAAUAAAAACCUCUUUGGUCCUAUUUAUUAUUAUUUUUUAUAGUAUCUGUAAAAUGUACAUAUGAUCGUCAUAUUUGUCCAUUAUUAUUAUAUUAUAUAUAAAGAAAAAUAUUUAUUUAAUAAACGUGUGCCUAAUUUUAAAGAUGGUUUACAAUGAAAUGUAAGUGAUUUUGCUCUAACACCGUAGCUAACUUGUUAUAACCAGCAUGGCAAUAUUUGAAAACAUUUGGUGCAUAUUUAAAGAAAGAAAAGGAGUCAAGUUACACGUCAGCUUAAAACUGCUGGAAGCUGCCAUUUUUGGUCCAAAGGCAUUGAAAACACAGUAAACGAUCAGCUAAUUUCAAUAGCAAUAUAAAUAUUUUAUGAGACAUCUAAAUAAUUUUAACGUAAUUUAAAUAUAUAUCCUUGUUUAAAAUUUUAAAAUCAAAAAAGUACUACUCACUUCUAACAUACAAUUUUGUGAAUUAACUUGCCGUAAGGCUAAUUUUGAUUACAUUCUUCGAAACAUUGUUUUUUUUAUAUUAUCAUUUCAUUACUUGCUUCAAUAUUAUUUAUUUUUUAAACAAAUUUAUGGUUUUAAUAUAUUUAUUUUAUUAGGAUUAUUUACGCUCGGCUAAUAUCGAAUUUUAUGAUUCAAUAUUGUAAUAACCAGUUUUCAUCUUCCAACAGUUCAGUGGAUCAUAUACCAUACAAGUUGUUUUUUAAGUGGCUCAGUGUUCUCUACAUACUCAUAAGUUAUGAAUAUAUAUACGAAACACUAAAUGUCCAAGAUAAGCAUAAUGAAACCGCAUACACAUACGUAAUAAUUAUUUGUUUUUGGAAAAAAAGUUUAAAAAAAAAUUGUAAAACCCUUAAUAAAUCUUAUUAGAAACAUUA